AUGGGAGACGAUGGAGGAAAGAAGGAUUCGGCCACGGCCAUCCUGGACCCGAGCAAGAAGCGCUCGCCCAACCGGAUGGUGGUGGACGAGGCAACCUCGGAUGACAACUCGGUCGUGGCGCUCUCAACGGCGAAGAUGGAAGAGCUGCAACUUUUCCGGGGGGACACGGUCCUCAUCAAGGGGAAGAAGAGCAGGGACACGGUCUGCAUCGUGCUGGCCGACGACUCCGUAGACGACUCGAGCAUCCGCAUGAACAAGGUUGUGCGGAAGAACCUGCGCGUGCGGCUGGGCGACCUGAUCACGGUCUCGGCCUGCGGAGACGUGCCGUACGGCAAGCGCGUGCACGUGCUUCCCGUAGAUGACACCAUCGAGGGUGUUACCGGAAACCUGUUCGACGUGUACCUGAAGCCGUACUUCCUAGAGGCCUACCGUCCCGUGAAGAAGGGUGACCUCUUCCUCGUGCGACAGGCGAUGCACCCGGUAGAGUUCAAGGUGGUGGAGUGCGACCCUGCCCCGUACUGCAUCGUGGCGCCCGACACGGUCAUCCACUGCGAGGGGGAGCCGAUCAAGCGCGAGGACGAGGAGAGGAUGGACGAUGUGGGAUACGACGACAUCGGGGGCUGCCGCAGGCAGAUGGCCCAGAUCCGUGAGAUGAUCGAGCUCCCGCUUCGCCACCCCACGCUCUUCAAGAACCUUGGCGUCAAGCCCCCCCGCGGUGUUCUCCUCUACGGCCCCCCCGGAUCGGGAAAGACGCUGAUCGCCAAGGCCGUCGCCAACGAGACAGUUCCUUUCCCGUCUUGCGCCGUUGCGGUUGGCGAUGUGGUGGUACGGACUGGUGGCGGAGCAGGCGCCUUCUUUUUCCUCAUCAACGGGCCGGAGAUCAUGUCCAAGAUGGCGGGAGAGUCGGAGUCCAACCUCCGCAAAGCCUUCGAAGAGGCGGAGAAGAACGCUCCGGCCAUCAUUUUCAUCGACGAGAUCGACUCGAUCGCGCCCAAGCGCGACAAGACGAACGGCGAGGUGGAGCGGCGCAUCGUGUCCCAGAUGCUGACCCUCAUGGACGGCCUCAAGGCCCGCGCAUCGGUGGUUGUGAUCGGGGCGACGAACCGGCCUAACUCUAUGGACCCCGCCCUCCGUCGGUUCGGACGCUUCGACCGCGAGAUCGACAUCGGUGUGCCGGACGAAAACGGUCGGUUGGAGAUCUUCCGCAUCCACACGCGGAACAUGAAGCUCGACGACGACGUGGACCCUGAGGCGAUCGCCCGGGAGACGCACGGGUUCGUGGGAGCCGACAUCGCCGCCCUGUGCACGGAGGCUGCCAUGCAGUGCAUCCGUGAGAAGAUGGACCUCAUCGACAUCGAGGAGGAGACGAUCGACGCCGAGGUUCUGGACGCGAUGGCCGUGAGCAUGGACCACUUCCGUUUCUCCCUCGGAGUGUCCAACCCUUCCUCGCUCAGGGAGACGGUGGUGGAGGUGCCGACGGUCACGUGGAACGACAUCGGAGGUCUUGCGGGCGUCAAGCGCGAGCUUCAGGAGCUGGUGCAGUACCCGGUGGAGCACCCCGAGAAGUUCGAGAAGUUCGGCAUGUCCCCCUCCAGAGGGGUGCUAUUCUACGGGCCCCCCGGGUGCGGGAAGACUCUCAUGGCGAAGGCCGUGGCCAACGAGUGCCAGGCCAACUUCAUCUCUGUCAAGGGGCCCGAGCUCUUGACGAUGUGGUUCGGAGAGUCGGAGGCGAACGUCCGCGACGUGUUCGAGAAGGCUAGGGCGGCGGCACCGUGCGUGCUCUUCUUCGACGAGCUCGACUCCAUCGCGGGGCAGAGGGGGGGAUCUAGCGGGGACGGGGGAGGAGCGGCGGACCGCGUGAUGAACCAGCUGCUGACGGAGAUGGACGGUGUGGGGUCGAAGAAGAACGUGUUCAUCAUCGGCGCUACCAACAGGCCCGACAUCAUCGACUCGGCCCUCAUGCGUCCCGGCCGUCUAGACCAGCUGAUCUACAUCCCCAUGCCGGACCAUGACAGCCGGCUGUCCAUCCUCAGGGCGGUGCUGCGCAAGACGCCCAUCAGCAAGGAGGUUGACCUGGAGUACCUGUCCUCCCAGAUGGAGAAGUUCACCGGCGCAGAUCUUACCGAGAUUUGCCAGCGCGCGGCAAAGAUCGCCAUCAGGGAGAACAUCAUGAAGGACAUGGAGCGCGAGCGCCUCCGGGGUGAGGCCGGGGACGCGAUGGAAGACGUGGAGGAGGAGGACACCGUUCCCGAGAUCCUUCCCCGCCAUUUCGAGGACGCCGUCCGCAACGCACGCCGCUCGGUGUCAGACAGGGACCUGGCGCAAUACUCGAGCUUCGCCCAAAACCUGCAGCAGGCGCGGUCGCAGAUCACGGGGCCGGGAGGAGGAAGCCUGGCGGCGUUCUCGUUCCCGGACCGGAAUGCGGCGGGCGGGGCUGUGGGAGGGGCGGGGGGUGCGGCGGCGGCGGACGACGAGGAGGAGGACCUUUACAGCUAA